AUGUUACCGUCUUGGACAACGAUUCCAAAUAAUCAGGAUCAACAACAACAACAACAACAACAACAACAACAACAACAGCAGCAGCAGCAAAUACAGCAACAACAACAACAAAAUCAACAUCAAAUUCAACGGUCAAAUUCAUAUAAUGAUUUAAUUCAACCUCCUAAUAUUACACCACCUCAGAAUCCACAGAGGACAAGGAAUACUGUACAUUAUCAUCCAUAUCAACAACAACAAUCUCCAACUUCAAAUGUAUCCCAACCAUUCCACAGUGUCACGGCAACAGCAACAUCAUCACCUCCAAACCAACAACAACAAGCACAACAUUUAUAUGGAUAUCAUAAUUAUAAUUACCCUAUUUACUCUAGUGUGCCACAGUCUCCUCAAUCUGUAAUGCAUCAUCCCUAUAAUUAUCCAUAUCACAGUUAUCUCCACCAUGGUAACAAUUUAGUUUCUCCGCCACCAUCCACGAACGCCACUCCAACCACUCCAACUGCCUCAGGUUCUCCGCCAAACCUUAUGUUUCACUCUGCGGUGACUACUCCAAUUCAACUGUCUCCGCGUCUCAGUAUAUCCCCGAAUAGCAACGAACACCCACACUCACCUUUAUAUUAUCAGCAACAGCCAACACCUCCACCAUCAGCCAGCCACUUCACACAACCACCACCUGUACACAUGAUUCCACUGUCACCCGAGUCAAUAGUUCUACAACACCAAAGAACUCCGCCACCACCUCCACCACCACCAUACUCACAACAACAACACCAACAACAAAAUCCCAAUCAACAAGAGUUUUUUUCUUUACCUAUCGUUGAGGGUGGAUUUUACAGCAUGAUUAGCUCAUUGUUACCUCUCUGCCAGGAUAUCGACAAAGAAAGAGGAGUGACAAAGGAGAAGACUAAAAUGAUGAACGAACUACACGACAAGGUCGAAUCAAUAAUGAAAAAGAUAGACCGUAUUAAAAAAUCUAAAUCCAAUGAAGCUAGUAAUAAAAAAGAAGACAACUCCAACAGUGAUGAAGAUAAACCAACAACUACAACUACAACCACUACCACCACUACCAGUACAGAUAGUCCAAACCACCCCACUUCCAUUUCAUCAUCUGACUCUAGCUCUUUUACAAAACAAUCAAAAGAACAAAACACAGACAAUUGA